GGGAAGGACGCAGAAUGGCGACCGUGGUGCAGUGCUCCAAAUGCACGGCAGAAAGGAAAGGGUUUCGGCGGGAACUUGAUUCUUGGCGACACACACUGAUUCACUGCGUUGGGUUUGAAAGCAUACUGGAGGGAAUCUAUGGCUCAAUGCUACUGAGAGACCUCAAUUUAUUUGUUGACUGUGAACCCGAAGAGGUGGAUGACUGGUCCCCAGAAGCAACCUGCUCUCACUGUUCAUUCUGCAACCUUCCCCUGGACAAACUCAGUGAUCAAGUUCCUGCAGCCACAUCGCCCCUCUCCUCCCCCUCUGAUUACUCUCCCUGUCAAGCUCCAACCAUCUCUGACAGCAGCCAAACAGCGCACAGGUUCCUGCAAGCUGUGUUCCACAAAAAAGAUGUGCCCCUGGGCUGUGAUUCCAACAUCCCUUUGAUAGCCCAGGAGCUGAUGAAGAAGAUGAUACAUCAGUUUGCUAUGGAGUAUGCGUCAAAGUGCCUACUCCACACCAGUACAAAUGGUGUUACAACAAGGACCUCAUCACCUUUGUCAGAAACAUCAGAUGCCCCUCUAGACCUCACAGUGAGCCGCACCCAGGAGGAAAAAGAGAGGGAACCUGAACCUGAUGGCGUGCUCGACCUCUCCAACAGGCCCUCUGUCUGCUCAGCAACUUUGGCAUCCUCAUCCUCAUCUAAUCAUAAAGCCUCAGGCUGCCUGCUGCCAUCAUAUAUAGAAGAAUUGGGAGAUCUGGGACAGCGAGAGAAGACGUGUCAUCAGAAAUCUGCAUUGGGUGCUGUUUUCAGUUCGCUCUGCCCAGCACAUCGUUCCUUACUCUACCAGAUCCUGAAGCUGGCACACCAGGAGAAAUUGCCGCCUUUCUUUAACUGUAGACCUGUGGGUCAAACUGAAUCUCACUGCUGUCACUGUGGUGUAAACCCACAGGAUAAAGUUUCCCCUCUUGCAGUCCCAUUUAGUGAAUGUAAAGCCCAUAACAACCGCUCGUACUACCCUUCAACUGAUUGUGAUCAUCAAGGUCACGGCAACACAAUGUAUGAUCUGGGAGACUCCAAGUCCAGUUGUAGCAUCCAUCACUACCCUCUAAAAGACUGUAAAAGUGAAGCACCUCUGGCCUCAAGCUACUGCUGCGGGCAGAGGUGCAGGAUGGAUACCUACACUGUUUUGUGCCCCAAGAGGCUGCACCAUAUUUCCUGCCCAGGCCUGGCUGUAGAUCGUAUCAACAACAUAAUGUGUUCAUUUGCAUCCACUCCUUCAUUAUCCAAAUCCCCUCCACUGUGCACUCCUUCUGCUAAUAUAGGCCCUUCCUCAUCGAUCUGCUGUAACCAUCACAACCCCCACCCUUGUCCCUGUUAUUCAAACCAUACCUGUCUGACACAGGUCAGGAACACAAUAGAAAGAAAGGUUGAAGUUGGCGAUCCUCCUUGUCCUGUCUUGAAGAGAGAGCAGAGCCCCUCUCCACCCCCCCUUUCCCCUAUCCCCUCAGACAUCAGUAAGAAAACUGAUGAAAAACCACCCUCCCUCCUUCAUCACAGACAAGAGGAGGAAGAAGACCUACUGGUAAAAAGUGGCCUCCUUAAUGAAACCCACCAGGAAGCAGAUGAGGAUACAGCAACACAAGAGGCACUGAAGUGUAAUCAGGCUGAGCAGAACCCUGGGGGGACCUCACUCCAAGACGUUGUGAAUCGCUUCAGUGAGAAACUGGAGACAAUCAGACCUCUAGAGAAGGACCCACCUCUGGCCUCCACAGCCACUUAUGUGUCUGAAAAGGAGCAGCCACAAUCUCCCUCAACUAGUCAGAACCUGCAGUUUCAUGCAGAUGCCCAUCUGACUGAAAUCAUCACCACAGUGCUUCACACAGGCAGUGCUAGUGACUACAAUCUCAGUGAGCUGUUCAAUCGCCAUGAAAGCAAAGAGCCCAAGUCGCCUAAUACCCGUUCCCGUCGUCGCCAGGAAGUCCUUGCUGCUAUGGCAACACCCACUGAUGAUGCCUCAACCCGAAGGCAUACUUUACAAAUUAAGCGGGAGCUUGCCAUGUUCGACCAGUCCUACAGUCGGAGAAAGGUGCCACUAGCAAAGAGGGCCAGAUUGAAAGAUGGAAAUAGUGCUACUGUAACUACAUCAAGCACUUCAUCAGACUCAAACCUAGUUAAAAAGGAAUCUAAAAGAGAAAUGGAGUUAGGUGUAGAUAAUAAAAUAGUUGGGGAGGGACCACUGAACAUGCUUUCUGCAGACAGUGACAGGGAAGAAGUAAAAGAAGAGAUACAGACAGUUAUAGUUACAGAAGAAAUUCAGAUAAUUAAAGCAGAGGAGAAAGAAAGGGAAAUAUCCAAUGAAGAAAAAGAUCCAGCUCUCUCAGGCACUCAAAUACCUACCCCUGAGCUGCAGAGCAAGUAUCGCAAACAAAGUUCGAAAGGUGACAGUGUGCUGUCACAGGGGAUGACAGCGAGUACAGCAACACAGUGUGGCAAACCCUGUAAAAAAGAUAUUAAGGGUAGCAAUGAUAGGAACCAUGAAGCUGCUCCAUCGGGUCAAAGCAGUAAAAGUGAUAACAGACCAGGUAAAAAUCGCCGUACUCCUAAUAGAGAGAGGCAGAAAUGUAAUUCAAACCACUCCAUGAAGGCAAGGAAAUCCAGGAGAAAUAUAGUCCCUCCACAAAGAUUCUCCUCCUAUGUCACUGAGCCUAGGAAGAUGUUCUUUGUUGCAUGUUUCUCUGAAAGCAUCUUUAGCCAGAGAACACGACAGGACAAAGACAAAGGACAAACAUCUAGCACCUUGGAUGCCUUAUCCAGAAAUUCAGAUACUAAAGACAACCAGCUUGAAUCAAGAUGUGAAGAACCUCUGUCCUCACCUGAGCCUACAGGGGAAUUUGCCUUUGAAUCAACACAGAGAGAAAAAUGUGGGGCAUUGGAGUCAAAAGAUCAAAGCCAGGUUUUUCCACAAACUGCAGCUGCCAAAGAGAAGAGUAAGAAAAACUGCUCUGACAAUAAGACUGAUGGCAUUGACUCUGCUGCCAAGCCCUUUGGAAGGCUACGAUCAUCUCCAAAAAGACUACAGCUCUCUACAGCUUCAAGAAAGCCCAAAAACCCAUCAAAUAUGGAUGUCACCAGUCAGUCUGCUACCAGUGUUGAGAGCCCUCUAACCUCCCCAAUCCAAUACACUAGUCCAAUUAAACUCAUGUUCGUAUCACAGGUAAAGGACAAAGAAGGUAUCAAAUAUAGUCUUAAAUCAGCAGGCUCUGGAUCUAGUGCGCAAGGAGAUGAAUCCUUUGACCCAUGUGAAGAGUCCUCAUGGUGUGGGACACCUGAAAAAAAGAAAAGCCAGAGCAAUGCUUCUCCACGUUCAAAAUCUGUUUCUUCACCACUAAAGUCUGCUACCUCACCUUCCAAAUCUGCUCGUUCACCAACAAAGUCUGCUUCCUCACCAGCAAAGUCUGCUUCUUCACCAUCCAAGUCUGCUUCUUCACCAGCUAAGUCUGCUUCUUCACCAGCUAAGUCUGCUUCCUCACCAGCAAAGUCUGCUUCCUCACCAGCCAAGUCUGCCUCUUCACCCAAGUCAGUUUCGUCAUCACCUAAAAUAGGUUCCAGGAGAUCAGGCGAAGGUACUCCGACUAAGCGUAUAGCUGGAACUGAGAACCAGAGAUCACCAGGUGACUUACUAUCUUUCCAUGAAACCACUCCUCCAAAAAGGCGUCCAGGUCGGCCAAAGAAGCUGGGACCACAGCUGGAGCAAAAAGUGAAGAGGCCAAUUGGUCGACCACGUAAGGAGAAGGCUGUGGUACCGGAAGUGGGAGCAAAAACAGUAAAUGGGAAAUCUGAUUUAGCAUCUGACACUGACGAGAAUGUAAACAAGAACCUCAAAAUAACAGUAGUGUAUGGCCGUUCAAGGAGAAACAAACGAAUGGUGUCUGAGAGUUUUGACCAACUGCAAACAGAAUUCAAUGACGCUUGGCAAGCAGUGGGUCUUAAAAGCGAUUUGGGUAUUUUAAUGCACAACUCUAAGAUCAGUCCUGGUAGUAUCAAACCAGCUUCAACGCAGUCAUCAGAAGAGUUAAGUUUUGUCGGCCCUGUUAAAGAGUCAGCCCCACAUUCUAGCAGUAACUUCAAAUGUCAGAAGCGGGAUGAUGGUAUACCCUCAAGGAAACCAGGUAGACCUGCGAAAGUUAAAAUCUCUGGAAUCUCAGUCACAGUAACUACAGUGUCACCCAAGCAACGUAAAAUACAGAUAAAUAAGGAUACCAGACGAUCUCCUGAAACACUAAUUCGUAAGAAAACACUCCUGCCGGAAUUCCGAUCUGCCAAAGAGCCCUGGACAAUCAGUCGUCAGUCAACAAGCAAAAGAAGUCAAACAGUGGAAGGAAUAGAAACAAAGGAUGAAAGUACAGACAAACCGCAAAAUCAGCCUGUAGCAGUGCGUCACUCAAUGAGAGUGAGGAAGCCUUCAAUUUACUUUCUGCAUGCUGUUGCCACCUCCACCUCUCGAUCAUACAGCCACAGUAACGCUCUGCUGCGGCGCUCUAAACAACUUCUGCUAAACAAGGCUAGCAAUGAAAGGAAACAAGGGGAGCAACAGGGUAGUGUAGAAAUUUCAGGGGAGAAAAGACAACGCUGUGGACGAGGGAAGAACAUUUCACAGGACCUGAAUAGAGUGGCAGGGGUGUCUGUAGACUCCAUCUAUACUCCAAAAGAGACACUAAGGUGGUGGGCAGCAUCAGCUGAGGAGAAGAGCAUGAACCAGGAGCUGGCCAGACGAAUACGACUCAUCUCCGACACCUGGGUGUCAGGCACUGUAGAGAACCAAGAAGAAAUAGGCCUUAAUUCUAAAUUGGGAACUGAUGGCAACAGUUCAUUUACCAGGAAGUCCAAACAGUCGUCUGUGGUUCGAUCACUGUUCGACUGUUCUCCUAACAAACCAAGGUCCUGUAGCAUGCAGCAGCUGUGCUCCUGGUUUAUGCAGACCACUGAGACACAGUCCUUAGGUAUUGUUAAGAAGGCAAGUUCCCGUAAUCCUUAUGAACUUAUGCACUUCCCUCGUUCAGCCAACAUAAAAAGUGUUUGUCAUAGUCCCCAGGCUGAGCGACUCCGAAAACACAUCAAGAAGUUUGCCAAAACUGUCCCAAAAAGUCCUUUCCAACACGAACAGGCUCAAAAAAGGUUGAGGAAGAGGAAUAAGACACCUCCAUCAGCACAUAAUAUUCGGCGACAGCUUUUCACAUCCAGGUUUCCAAAACACAGGACCAUUCAGGAAGCCCAAUGGUUUAAAGGAAGAGCAUUAGGAAAAUAUCAGGCCGUGCUAUUCAGGGCAAGGACAAGGUUCCUAACUCGGAAAGAAAGGGAGAGGUGGCACAUGAGGCAGAGGAAUAACAAAAACAGAAAACUAACUACAAGAAGUUCACAUGGACACCUAGUAACUGGACUCAAACUAAAACAUAAAGUAUUACGCAAAAGAUCAGCAAAAGACCAGUUAUCCAACUGUUUGGAGAACAGUUCUGCCACUGGUUCUGUCAACCAAACUAAGGAACCUGUGGAUGUACCCAAAGAGCAGAACCUCUGCUCUAAAGCCUGGAGUCCUGAGACACUGAAGGAGUGCCGGGUGUUUCUGAGAAAGAUCAACUCUCCAGACAACGAAUCAGCUGAGGAGGAGUGGGACUCCUGUACUGUGACACUGGAUGAUGGGUCACCUUCUGCAUAUGUGUUUGCAGGAAGGGAGAGGGAACUGGUAGGAGUUGUUAAAACUGUGAAAGAAAACAGAAAAAGGAGCAUGUCUAGGACUGCCUCUAGAGAGCAGGAAGGAUCUGCACCUAAAUCAGUCAAGGAGCAGAAUGAGAUGCCAGUGGGAAGGCAGAAAGGCAAAUAUAAAAGUCCUGGGGUUGUGUCUACUGAACCACCACAACCUCAACCAGCGAAAAUGUUGAGACAAUCGCGAAUGAGGGGCCUAACCGGGCCGAGAUGGUGCGACUUUGUGUUUGAGAACUAAAUGAAGCAUGAGGCCUCCUCCUUCCUGGGAAAGGGACUGUGGUUUAACGUGGUGCCUUUGGACAUUGAGCUGACCACGUGGACUGACCAUCCCACUAUGGUUCAGUCUUACCCUCAGCAAUUAUGUAGCAGUCUAACUUAACAAAAGCUUGAUGUUGCACUAUUUUUAUCCAUGGAUAUGUAUGUACAGAAUGUUUGAUUUUUUUUUUUUUUUUUUUUAAUGUCAAUGCCUUUUACUUUCUGAACAUGUAUAGUAGAUCAACUCAUUACAUCAGCCAGAUUUUUAAUGGGAUAUGUGCUCCUACAGCGAGCCCUGUAAAAGUGGCUGUAUUGGAAGGAAGCAAAGCUUGACUGCAUUAAGACAGUGCUAUCUACCCCCAAACAUACCUCAUUAUCAACCAACCUUUUUAAAUCUUAACAUGACACCAGUAACAAUUUAAUCUUUAACAUUAUACUUUUAGUUAUUGUCUCUAAAAUGACAUGCUCUAAAAUGAAACAAAAAAAGAAAAAAUUAUAGUCACCAACUUUGGCACUGGUUUAAUAAAAACUUUAAAUAAUUUGUUUUUUUGUGUAUUAGGUUUGAAAUUUAAUGACCAACAUUCUCUGAAUCCGAACCUUGUUAGCAUUAUUUAAUCAAUGACGCUACAGUCACUGUCCCAAGUCAUUAGCCAAAAAACACGCUUUGAAUGAAGGAUUGUUAUGGAUCAGCCACACCUUUACCCUAAUCACAAUCAUUGUAUAGGCCCCUACUGUAAUGUAUUGUGUUGGACUAUUUGGCCAUCAGCCUGUACUGAAACCAAAUAUUUGAUGUCAUUAUUUCUCUCCAGAGUACUUGUCAAACAUUUGCCAAGUCCCAGCAAUGAACCACAAUUAGCACAAACAGACAUGUUCUUAAUGACUACAUAUUUUGCCCCUCGAAAUGUGGAGGUUUAUGUGAAGCAAUGAAGGAAAUGGCAUUAUGCAGUUGUAGAAAGUAGAUUCUGAUUAAUUUUAUUGGUUUGUGGGAUCCGUGUUGUUUUGAUUCAGUUACCUUUUAUGCGAUUGUUGUCUCGUUUUCACCCAAAGCGUAUACUGUAUGUUGGUGUCAGAUCUACUUCUUGCACUAUUCCAUCUGAGAUUAUUAAUCCCACUACACAGAUUCCUCCUCCCCCAUAUUUUUGCACAUCCCAUGACCCACUACCAACCCCUACUGUAAAACUAGAGAAUCUAUUUGGUGCAAUACAAACCCAGAUGUUUUAUCAGUAUGUCAUAAUUAUUUUAUUGCUGACAGACAGAAUGGAUGUACACAAGUACCAAUGGCUUGGGAUGUCACUUCAGUCGUUUCCAUCGCCAUGUAAUGUGAUCUCAAAGGAUAUUGCUAUACAAACUGCCCCACCCCCACCUGCUUUGUCCCCCUCAGUGAAGCAGAACAUUAACAGAUUUUUAAUUAUUAUAGCAGAAAAUUGUUUUUAUCAUAAAUGUACUAGCAUUAUUUACUGUUUGUAUGCAGGUGGGAGAUGUGUUGCUGUUUAGAGUUCCCUUUUUUUUUUUCAAGUUGCAGCAAGAGACGCCUACCUCCACUUGGGCUCAGCUCGGCCUACUGCUCUUUUGCUUAUCAACUGCGCGAUAGACGAGGCCAGAGAGUUGAUCGGUAAACACUAAUCUUGGAUCAAUAUCGUGUUCCCUCGCUUUCUGUUUUCGAGGGCAGGUUGAUCCGCGAUGUCUGGCUGUAGGUCAAAACUUAAACCCGUAGUGUGUAUUGUGUGCCUGACUGCUCCUGUAUGUAUGUAUGUAUGUCACUACGGUUGCCAUUUCAACAUGAGGGAGGUGAGGUGGCCCAGUCUUGUGACAAAUAAUCCUCUGUUGAAGAACCUGGUGCUAAACAUCUGUUGUAUAUUUUCUUUAUCAUGUGUUUUUAUACUGUCCUUCACAGAUGCAAUAAAGAGGUGUCUGUGAUUGGAACAAUAAAGAUCCUUUUAAAAUA